AUGGAGAACGCACACACAAAGACGGUGGAGGAAGUGCUGGGCCACUUCGGCGUCAACGAGAGCACCGGCCUGAGCCUGGAGCAGGUCAAGAAGCUCAAGGAGAGAUGGGGCUCCAACGAGUUACCGGCUGAAGAAGGAAAAACCUUGCUGGAACUUGUGAUUGAGCAGUUUGAAGACUUACUAGUUAGAAUUUUAUUGUUGGCAGCAUGUAUAUCUUUUGUUUUGGCUUGGUUUGAAGAAGGUGAAGAAACAAUUACAGCUUUUGUAGAACCUUUUGUAAUUUUACUUAUAUUAGUAGCCAAUGCAAUUGUGGGUGUAUGGCAGGAAAGAAAUGCUGAAAAUGCAAUUGAAGCCCUUAAAGAAUAUGAGCCUGAAAUGGGCAAAGUGUAUCGACAGGAUAGGAAGAGUGUACAGCGGAUUAAAGCUAAAGACAUAGUUCCUGGUGAUAUUGUAGAAAUUGCUGUUGGUGACAAAGUUCCUGCUGAUAUAAGAUUAACUUCCAUCAAAUCUACUACUCUGAGAGUUGACCAGUCAAUUCUUACAGGUGAAUCUGUCUCUGUCAUCAAGCACACUGACCCUGUCCCUGACCCACGGGCUGUCAAUCAAGAUAAGAAGAACAUGCUCUUUUCUGGUACAAACAUUGCUGCUGGCAAAGCCAUGGGAGUGGUGGUGGCAACUGGAGUUAACACUGAAAUUGGCAAGAUCCGAGAUGAGAUGGUAGCAACAGAACAGGAGAGAACACCCCUCCAGCAGAAACUGGAUGAGUUUGGGGAACAGCUGUCCAAAGUCAUCUCCCUUAUAUGCAUUGCAGUCUGGAUCAUAAACAUUGGGCACUUCAACGACCCAGUUCAUGGAGGCUCCUGGAUCAGAGGUGCUAUAUACUACUUCAAGAUUGCAGUAGCUCUGGCUGUAGCAGCCAUUCCUGAAGGUCUGCCUGCUGUCAUCACCACCUGCCUGGCUCUUGGAACUCGCAGAAUGGCAAAGAAAAAUGCCAUUGUUCGAAGUCUCCCUUCCGUGGAAACCCUUGGUUGUACGUCUGUUAUCUGCUCAGACAAGACGGGUACACUGACAACAAACCAGAUGUCAGUCUGCAGGAUGUUCAUUCUGGACAAAGUCGAAGGUGAUACCUGUUCCCUUAAUGAGUUUACCAUAACUGGAUCAACAUAUGCACCUAUCGGAGAAGUACAUAAAGAUGAUAAACCAGUGAAAUGUCAUCAGUAUGAUGGUCUUGUGGAACUGGCGACAAUUUGUGCUCUUUGUAAUGACUCUGCUUUGGAUUACAAUGAGGCGAAGGGUGUGUAUGAAAAAGUUGGAGAAGCUACAGAGACUGCUCUCACUUGCCUGGUAGAGAAGAUGAAUGUAUUUGAUACUGAAUUGAAGGGUCUUUCUAAAAUAGAACGAGCAAAUGCCUGCAACUCGGUCAUUAAACAAUUGAUGAAAAAGGAAUUUACUCUAGAGUUUUCACGCGAUAGAAAAUCAAUGUCAGUUUAUUGCACACCAAACAAACCAAGCCGGACAUCAAUGAGCAAAAUGUUUGGUGCUCCUGAAGGUGUCAUUGACAGGUGCACUCACAUUCGAGUCGGAAGCACCAAAGUGCCCAUGACUCCUGGAGUCAAACAGAAGAUCAUGUCUGUCAUCCGGGAAUGGGGCAGUGGCAGCGACACACUGCGGUGCCUGGCCCUGGCCACUCACGACAACCCACUGAGGAGAGAAGAAAUGAACCUCGAGGACUCUGCCAACUUUAUUAAAUACGAGACCAAUCUGACUUUCGUCGGCUGUGUGGGCAUGCUGGACCCUCCGAGAAUUGAAGUGGCCUCCUCUGUGAAGCUGUGCCGGCAGGCAGGCAUCCGAGUCAUCAUGAUCACGGGCGACAACAAGGGCACUGCUGUGGCCAUCUGCCGCCGCAUUGGCAUCUUCAGGCAGGACGAGGACGUGACAGCAAAGGCCUUCACUGGUCGCGAGUUUGAUGAGCUCAAUCCUUCAGCCCAGAGAGAAGCCUGCUUGAAUGCUCGCUGUUUCGCUCGAGUUGAACCUUCCCACAAGUCUAAAAUUGUAGAAUUUCUGCAGUCGUUUGAUGAGAUUACAGCUAUGACUGGAGACGGUGUAAAUGAUGCUCCUGCUCUGAAGAAAUCUGAGAUUGGCAUUGCUAUGGGCUCUGGCACUGCAGUAGCUAAAACAGCCUCUGAGAUGGUUCUGGCUGAUGACAACUUCUCCACCAUUGUGGCUGCCGUGGAGGAAGGACGGGCCAUAUACAACAACAUGAAGCAGUUCAUCCGCUACCUCAUCUCCUCCAACGUCGGGGAGGUUGUCUGUAUUUUCCUAACAGCAGCUCUUGGAUUUCCUGAGGCUUUAAUUCCUGUCCAGCUGCUCUGGGUCAAUCUGGUGACAGAUGGCCUGCCUGCCACUGCACUGGGGUUCAACCCUCCUGAUCUGGACAUUAUGAACAAGCCACCCCGGAACCCAAAAGAACCACUGAUCAGUGGGUGGCUCUUUUUCCGUUACCUGGCUAUUGGAUGUUACGUUGGCGCUGCUACAGUGGGUGCUGCCGCAUGGUGGUUCAUUGCUGCCGAGGGUGGUCCAAGAGUGUCCUUCUACCAGCUGAGUCAUUUCCUACAGUGUAAAGAGGACAACCCGGACUUCGAAGGCGUGGAUUGUUCAGUCUUUGAAUCCCCAUAUCCAAUGACAAUGGCGCUCUCUGUUCUAGUAACUAUAGAGAUGUGCAAUGCCCUCAACAGCUUGUCCGAAAACCAGUCCUUGCUGAGGAUGCCCCCUUGGGAGAAUAUUUGGCUCGUGGGCUCCAUCUGCCUGUCCAUGUCGCUCCACUUCUUAAUCCUCUACGUGGAACCCUUGCCACUUAUUUUCCAGAUCACACCUCUGAAUUUGACCCAGUGGCUGAUGGUGCUGAAAAUCUCCUUGCCUGUGAUUCUAAUGGACGAAACCCUCAAGUUUGUGGCCCGCAACUACCUAGAACCUGGUAAAGAGUGUGUGCAGCCUGCCACCAAACCCUGCUCGUUUUCGGCAUGCACCGAUGGGAUCUCCUGGCCCUUUGUGCUGCUCAUAAUGCCCCUGGUGAUCUGGGUCUAUAGCACAGACACUAACUUUAGUGAUAUGUUCUGGUCUUGA